AUAAUCGCACAGAAGCAAAUUUGAAUGACACAUACCUUUCUUUAAAUAACUUAAAUAUCAACGUUUACGAGUUAUUAGAUUAUACAAAUAAUGUUCAACCAGUGGCUUUGGCUGUUGAAGUGCCAAAAUUUCCAGUACAUAAAAAUACAAAUUUAAAUUUCCUAAAACCAGGGAGUAAAGAAGUUCUCACUCGUCCUGUGCACAUAUAUGAAUACCUUCCACCUAUGUUACCAACAGAUUUAAGUUGUGCAUUGCCUCCGCAUUAUAUGCAGCCUACCUCCUCGCUUUCUCACAACCAAGAUAAGUACCGUGCGAACGCAAUCGCAAUUGGCGACAUCAAUCGAAAGGUGUCAACCAAACCCGAACAAUAUUUGCCCGGAUGUGGAACCGUGUCUAAUUCAGGGAAACAAAUCGGGGAGCCUAAAGAUGGUGUAGUUACAUCGGAACUCUCACCAAUUUGUUUGAAAACAGCUUUGAGUUUACCGAAUUCAUAUGAUGAAGAAGGACGCCCUACUAGAGAAAUUAGUAGCGUAGUUAUGACGACAGGUGGCUUUAUAUCGCCCGCUAUCGAAGGCAAACUUCCCGACACAAUAGUACCAAAAUUUGUUGAAAAAUUACUGGGUCUAGAUGCACCUCCGCCUCCUAUUUCACCUCCGCCGCCGGUUAUUGAACCAAAUGUGAACGUAGAAAAUAAGCAUCACAAUAGUUCAACCCCUAAAGUAGAUGUAAAUGAUACCGCCCUUCCGUUUUCCUCCCCAACUGCAAAAGUACCUACGAUAAUUGCCAAAACAUUAACAAGUGAAUGUGUCUCAAAUAGCAAUUUGCUUCUAGCAUAUAAUUCACAAAGCACCCUUGUAAACAAAAAUACUGCAGCAUCUGACGUAGUAAAUCCAAUUGCAUCUAAGAAACCUGUGCCAAAUCUUUCCACACAGCACAAUUUACAAGCGCCAACGAUUGCGUCAAAGUUGCUUAAGAAGGCUAAAAAGAAAAAUACACAAAAUUUGCAACUUCCUUUAUCAGGAAAAUUUAAUAGGCCAGCUGUACAAAAUCCCGAAACUAGUUUGAUUGCAGCUGGCAUAGAAAGUUCAGAUAGAAUACAACGAAAGAGUAAGAAAAUAUUACAAAAAAUGCUCAAGACUGGAAUCGACUCCUCCACGCUGUCACCUGAUUACUGCAACGCCGUUUUUCAGCGGAUGAAAAUGGACAAGUUCCUCAAAAAGCAGUCUAAGUAUCAGAAAAAGUUAUUGCAUAAGCAAAAGAACAGCAUCGAAUCAAGUAAGCAGGAUGAACCGGUGGGAUUUUCGAAACUCGAAGAUAAAAUACCGACACCAGUGCCAUCGAAUGUUCAAACAAAUAGCGCAAUACCACCUUUAGCGGAGAGUGUAUCGAUACAACCAGUAAUACAAGACACAGCUUCAGCUUGUCUGCUAAAACCGGAUUCAACACAAAUAUCAUCGGUGCUUCCGCAAUCUUUGACCAAAGAUAACAGAUUCGAUGGUGUGUGUAAUGAAUCGGUUCUUAAUAAUGUACAAACUCCUGCAAACUUGAUUUUGCCUCACGAUAAGAAGGCCUUUCCAGGAGUGAAGUUAUCAGCAGAGCUUGAUAAAAAUAAAUUAAAUAUUUUUAAGAAAAUUUCCAAACAGAAAACACCAAAACCAUCAUCUCCGAAUGUCAACCGUAUGCUUUCGGCUCAGAUUUAUGGUAGCAAUGAAGAUCAACUUAUUAAUUUACCUUGCGGAACCACUAUUACACCAGCACCGAAAACAUUAAACCGCUUGACGACUGUCGACACAAGUUUGGCUAGUUCAGAUUUGCUGGAAAAAUCUUUAAAUUUGCCUAUUAACUAUGAACUUACCGGUGGCAUGGACGUGGCAAGCAAUAUAAAUGGUAAUAACAUCCCAGGAGCUAUGAUGCCUAGUAUAUUGAAUACUCCACCAGCACAACUUAUCGAAGCAAAUAAACCUAAAAAACGCGGUCGCAAGCCAGGCAGCAAAAAUUCACCUAAACCAGCUGUAGCAUCUCCGAACAACCCUAGUCAAGGAGCACAGUUAAAGAAAAUGAAAAAAUUAAAAGCAUCAAAAUAUAACUAUCCAUUUCCACUUGCGAACUUCGAAACAGCAAGUUUAAUAGCUAACAAAAUGCAACUUUGCAACAGAACAGAAGUUUUCGCACCGAACUUAGUUCUUAGAGAAGAUGCAGUUCCAACAAAUAUUUCGCCCAAUACCAAAGAGCGAAAAGAGCGUAAAAAAGGUAAGGUGAAAAAUCAGCCAUUAAAUAUGUCGAUCGGUGAACAAAGCGAAUUCAAAGCUGAGCCUGGAGUCCCAACAAAGGAAGAAGUUAAAACCAUAAAUAAGAAGCUAAUGCGUAUGGACACUGUUUUACAACCACUGGGCGCAUUUAAUGAAACAAUACCUGAAACAGAUACAGAUGUUGCAAAGCCAUUUUCUGGUAAAAUUUUACCUACGUUAAAAUCAUCCACAAGCAAAAAGCGACCUGCUCUUCAGAUGCCACUUCAACAUCCACCAAAUUCAAGUUUAAUGGCGGGCUUACACCCAAAUAUGUUUGUGCCUCCGCCUGGGCUUGGAAGAAUUCCUAAUUUGCUUAAACUUUGUCCUUUCCCAUCGGGACCAGGUCUAAUACCACCUACUGCACAAAAUUUAUUGUUUCCUCGCUUGCCACCAACAUUUCAUUUGCCUAUUCCAACUUUUAGACCACAAAGUGGAGAAAAACUUGUACAUCAAGAACCACAGAACAAUGGAAAAUCGGUAGAUGCACAUCUAUCGCAGCCAAGUAGAGAACGUAAUUAUUGCAAUGUUCCACCAUUCGUCCCUGAGUCAAUGAAUUUAUCGCCACCUGAGGCUAAAGCCGAUUUUCGAAAAUUUGGAAAAGAAAGUCCAAGGUCUACCAAAGCUCAGCAAUCACCUGACAAAAUACUUAAAGUCCCUGACAACUGGGGUACAUCGGAUAAUACAUUUAAGUCGCUAGCACAAGUGCCUGGUGAUGUGUCAUUGAAUGUAAGCGAAGUUCAGAAAUUAAAUGAAAGAACGAGUACUAAAUCGCCUAAAGCAAGUGCGGAAAAUCCUAUUUUCAUGGGUGGCAUAUAUUCUAUAAACAUACCGCCUAACAAAUUUGUGGCGAAUUCUUCUACUGUUGCCCCCAUACAAAAUAACGAUGACCCGAUUGAACUGUCCGACGACUCUGCUGAUUAUCCACCAUCGAUAUUUAAUAUUUCCAGUGUACAGAAUUCCAAAGACCUGAGUCAUAAUAAGCUUCAGUUAACCACGCCUGUAAAUUUCUCUCAAAUUGAUGAUUUAUUUUUGCCUUCGGGAAGCGAUACUGCCAGAGAUCUAUCUGGUGAACUAGAUUUGAGUUCGAAAAAGUCAAAAAAGAUCAGUAAAUUUGCGAAAAAUACUAAAAACUUGUAUCCCCAUCCAACAACAGACUUACCCCCAAUCGACUUAUUCAGUGCUGAAAAGGUUGGAGUUGGUAAGUUGGCUGGUGGCGCAGAUCUAAUACCGUUGAUAUCGACUGGUUCAGCGUAUUCAUCGAAAACCAUACCCCCGACAAGUUUAACAGCAACUGUAGCAGCACCAUUUGUAUUACCCAAGAAAGACUUUCCCCCACCUAACACGUUUGAAAAUGCAUUGUUGCCUGCAAACGUCGACAGCAGUGGAAUUUUAUGUAUGAAUACAGAACUACAGAAGAAAAAGAAGGAGCAUAAAAGAUUAAAAAAGCUAAAAGACGAUAAAGCGAAAAAGAAAAAGGAUAAAAAGUCCAAAAAUAAAGAGCGCGUGGAUCAUCCGGAAAAGCUUCUACAUAAAACUGAUAAGCUGUUUAAGGAAAAGUUAAAGGAAACUAUGCGAUGUGGUGAAGAGCAAAACUUGUUGAAUAAGGACUUAUUGAAAAAAUUAAAAAAAGAAAAGAAGAAAAAAUAUAAGCAGUUACUUACUGAUGCCACUAAACAGGGUGACGCAAUUCCGGUUAUCGAUUCUCCCGGCGUCUGUGGUGUGGAUAAGCCAGCUAACAUUUUUUCAGUGGGCAGUUCUUUACAAAAUUUUACUCCAACAACAACUGUAGCAAGUUCCGUGACAUCGUUAGUACCAAAAUUAACUCUUAGACUUGCUAGCGGACAGUCACCAAAUCAGCUCGAUGAUAUUGUACAAAAGCAUUUUCCUAGCACAACUGCUAUUCAAAGUACAAUUGCUAUUCAAAGUACAACUGUUUCUCAAGAGUUUGCUAAAAAAAGAGAGCCAUCGCCGGAAUUAGCGAGAAUUUCGCCGCUUGUUACUCGACCACCGAAACAAAAAUUUAGUAUUGCCGAAACUGCAACAACAUCACCACUCAAUUCUAAUCAAUUCGACUCAAUAGCGCCUAGUGGCACUAAUACUAACAUCAAUUUAGAUUCUCUUGCGGAAAAAAGUGCUAGUGCUUCAAAGCCUCCUAUCAAUACAGACGUACAUUCCAUUGUGCCUCCACCUAGCCCUUGGUCGUCUGGUGGGACAAUAUGUGCGAGUUCCGUUUUACUUCCGCAGCAGUUAUUACAGUCAUCGAGGUCUCAAGAACACUUAGCCUUCAGCAGUAAGGCAGAUGGAGGGUUAUUGGUAAACACCAUCACAAGUACUGUUCGCUCAUUGUCUUCGUCUGAGCGUCAAAGUCCAGUGCCGUUAAUUUCAGAAACAAGCCGCCCAUCAUCAUAUAUUGAUGCUGAGGGCAAUCGUGUAUGGAUCUGUCCUGCAUGUGGAAAAGUAGAUGACGGCUCCCCCAUGAUUGGCUGUGAUGGCUGCGACGCAUGGUACCAUUGGAUAUGUGUGGGAAUAUCCGUUGCACCAAAAGAUAACGAAGACUGGUUUUGUCGCGUUUGCAUAACUCGAAAGAAAGGCAUUUAUGCCACUGACAAGAAGCGUAAGCGGAAUAAAAAAAAGUAGUUUUAAUACAUAAUCAUAAGCAAUUAUAAAAAACAAGUAGAAAUACAUACAGCCUUAACGUUAAUCCCAUAUGAACAGUGAUUCUUAAACAUAAAAAUUAAAAAUAGUUCGAAUUGAUUUUUCUUGUAAAUCUAUGAGAGAGAAUUAUUCACUUGGAAAUCCUGAUAUGGCUAAGUUUCAUAAAUAGUCUGCCACCCAUGUCUCAGAAAAAACAUUGACUCACGGUGCGCGACUAUUACUAUCACACAGUUUGACUAGUUACAAACACGAAGUUUGAUUUCAAUUGGAAUUUGUUAAUUUUGUUACAUAAAAUUUCAUAUUAACAUUUUAAAAUAGUUGUUUGAUUGCGAGCUUGUUAGUGUGCCUAAUUCAUAGCGGGUUUCUAAUAAUUGGGCAUUUGGAUUAUUGUAAAUAAAAACGUUGCUUACCCACUUUGUUGCUUAA